CCCCCACUCCCUCCUGUAUCUUUAGCAUUGGGAGGGGCAUUAAAACUGAACUCAAGUGCCAAAAAGAAAACAGUAAAGAAAAGAAAGGUUUGAUUUUUUUUCUUCUUUGUUUAACCAGGCUUUCAAGUUGGAGAUGUAAACAGACUCCCACUGUACUUUGUUUUAAUUCUAAAUCAGGUUUAUGUACCAAUUUCACAAAAAAAAAAAUACUUUACAAAGUUUAAUGUUUAAUUUUGUGUGUGUGGUUUUUCGAACAAACAUCUUUAUUACAAUUUUCCAUUCAAACAAAUUUCUUUUGUACAAAGUUCUGGAUACGCUUCUUUUCUGUUAAAAGUUCAUACAAACUUUAUAAAUUGAAAUUUCUCAGAGAAAUUUUUUGAGCAUGUCUGAUUCAAUUUUUUACAGAAAAAAAAAGUAUUUGAUUCAGUAUUCAGUGACUUCCCAACCUCAAAUAAUAUAAAAAGGCAAGUUGAAGGUUUAGGCAACCAGCCUUGUGUUGGUUUUGUGAGCAAAUGUGAGUUAAAAUUUCUUAACUUGUUUAGCUCUAUAACUUAUAUAAUUAUUUCUACAGUCUGGUGGUCAUCCAGUUGUACCUGAGAUCACAGCUGAAGCUCUGAAAAAUGUAAAACUGAAGAAACCAGAGGACAGAGUGCUCAGAUCCCAUUCUCAAAUCAAUGUUGAUGAGAGUCCGCCUGUGGUACUAUUAAAUUUCAAAUUUAUCAAAUUCAUCAAAUUCUUGUCUCUUGUCCAAUGUUAUUGAAAGGCAUGUAGACAAAUAUUGUAAGCAUUAACAUAUAUAUGCUUAUAGUGAUUGAUAAUAAAGGGAUUUAACAAGAAUAUUUUAUGGAGUAUUUUGUGGAAGAGGUUUUUAUUAUUCAAAGCUGUCAGAUUUUUGUACAUUAAAAAAAAAAAAGACAGCAUUAGUUAGCUAAUCUAAUACCAAGGAUUUACUUAACUUAGGAUAAAAAUAAAAUAUUUCUUCUUACCAUUUUAGACUGCAGCAGUCUGUGGACAGCCAGCCAUCACUCUUGGAACUUUACAGGCGGUAACACUCAGAAAAACAUCCGCCUUAAGCAGCAAAAAUAAUUCACCCCAAAACGAAAACAUAGAAUGUCGUCCCGGAGAAGUGUUUGAUGUUAAAAGAUUUCUGAAAAGAACAAGACUUGACAGGAGCCCAGGAGGCACACCUAUUCCAUUUAAUAAAAGAAAGAAACAACCACAUGAGAGUCACACACCUGUAUCUAAGAAAUAAUUCUAUGAUACCCUAACAUUAUUUUUUAAUAAUAUAGCGAUGACAAAAAAAAACAAAAAAACUUUAAAUUUUAACUAGUAUUUUAAAUAUGUACUCAUAUUGAAGAUGUAACUAUAGUGGAAACAGG